ACAAUACAUUACGAAGUGUACUACUAGUUUGUUGACUUGUGUUUCCAAAGUCGCCGGAGACGGAAACUGUACACAGAAAAUCUAACAGCAGUACCUACACAGCUCUUUAUCACUCGUACCACCACCCACUUCCCCUGCCUAUGGCCUGAAGGAGGUUGUCAACUAAGAUAAUGGCCACUCCACCAUUCCCUCUCGUGCUCUCUUUCCUAAUCCUUCUGUCCCUCUCCUCCUCAGCUAACUCUUAUCCCCCUCGAUCUUCCAAACAUGCCCCUCGCUUUCUCGGUAAAUUCUCCCACCUCCACCAACCGACGGACCAAAAAUACGAGACCCGAUACUUUGAGCAGCGGCUUGACCACUUCAGCUUCGCCGACCUCCCAUCUUUCCGCCAGAAAUACUUGAUCAAUACUCAGCACUGGCUGGGGCCUUCCCGUCUCGGCCCCAUCCUCUUCUACUGCGGCAAUGAAGGCAAUAUUGAAUGGUUCGCUGCCAACACUGGCUUUGUUUGGGAAAUUGCCCCCCGCUUCGGCGCCAUGAUCAUUUUUCCAGAGCACCGGUACUACGGGGAGUCAAUGCCAUAUGGAAGUCGGGAGAUUGCAUACAAGAACGCGAGUACAUUGUCAUAUUUAACAGCUGAGCAAGCGCUUGCUGAUUAUGCUGUUUUCAUCACUGAGCUUAAACGGAAUCUUUCUGCUCAAGCUUGCCCUGUAGUCUUAUUUGGUGGAUCGUAUGGAGGAAUGCUAGCAGCAUGGAUGCGGCUAAAGUAUCCUCAUAUUGCUAUUGGGGCAUUGGCUUCCUCAGCACCAGUUCUUCAGUUUGAAGAUAUUGUGCCUCCUGAAACUUACUAUGACAUAGUCUCUAAUGAUUUUAGACGCGAGAGUAUUAGCUGCUUCAACACAAUCAAAGAGUCUUGGGAUAUAAUUGCAUCAAAGGGAGAAGAAAACGAUGGACUUAACCAGCUGACAAAGGCUUUUCAUUUCUGUCGGAAGCUGGAUAGCAGUGAAGAUCUUUCUGAUUGGCUCGACUCUGCUUAUAGUUAUUUGGCAAUGGCUGACUAUCCAUAUCCUGCUGACUUCUUGAUGCCUUUGCCUGGGAAUCCAAUAAAAGAGCUAUGCAGAAGGAUUGACAGUUGUCCUGAUGGGACAAGCACCCUGCAGCGUGUAUAUGAAGGAGUUAAUGUCUACUAUAAUUACACUGGAACCGUUGAUUGCUUUAACCUGGAUGACGACCCCCAUGGCAUGAUCGGGUGGGAUUGGCAGGCUUGUACUGAAAUGGUUAUGCCAUUUGCUAGUAGCAAAAACACGAGCAUGUUUCCAGAAUUUGAGUAUAAUUAUGCUGAUGAUGAGGAACGAUGUCUGAAGGAUUAUAAUGUCAAGCCAAGGCCUACAUGGAUUUCUACUGAAUUUGGUGGACAUGAUUUCAAAAAUGUUCUGAAAAAAUUUGGUAGUAACAUCAUUUUCUCAAACGGCCUAUUAGAUCCAUGGAGUGGCGGCAGUGUUCUGGAGGAUGUUUCAGAAACUAUUGUUGCACUUGUUACAGAAAAAGGUGCUCAUCACUUAGAUUUACGCGCAGCAACCGAUGAGGAUCCCGAUUGGUUAGUGGACCAACGGGAAUCUGAAGUGAAGCUGAUCAAGAAGUGGUUGCAGGAGUACUACGAUAACAAAAGGGCAACAUUCACGGCGUAACGAUUAAGGUCUCUGGUUUUGCUCAUCUCGCAGUCUCCAAUUCUAAAGCUCUCGUUGCUCCUACUGUUAUCAGACAAAUGCCACCGUCUACCGGUUGAAACAUGAAUUAACUCCGAUGAAAAGUACUAGUUAGAGAAUUUAGUACAAUAGUAGAGUUGCGCUUUGAUUUUGCGUUUUUAUGUCCUUUACUAAUGCGUUUAGUCAGGACUACUGCAUUAGCCAUGAAGUUACAAACAUAUGAUUAAGGAGUAUCAAACUACCAAUGUAUGUAA